AUGUCACUAGACUUCGGCAGUGUGGCACUGCAGACGCAAAAUGAAGACGAAGAAUAUGACAAAGAAGACUAUGAAAGGGAGAAAGAGUUGCAGCAGUUACUCACAGACCUUCCUCACGAUAUGCUGGAUGAUGACCUGUCCUCCCCCGAACUCCACUAUUCGGACUGCAGUGAGGAUGGCAGAGAGGAAGGACCACAUCAUUCUGAGCAAUUGACGAUGAACUGGAAUGAGCGUCAAGUGCUGCCUAAAUCUCCAAGUGUAAAUGACUAUAAUGAGAUUCGGGAUGUGUAUAUUGGAGAGAAGAGCGGCAAUAGCUGGGAAGAGGAUCAAAGUAGAACUGAAGACCAGCAUCCUGGGUAUCAUCCUGAAGGAGGUGGAGAUGAAGGCGGUAGUGGUUAUAGCCCUCCGAGUAAAUAUGAACAGACCGAUUUAUAUCACCUUCCUGAAAACUUUCGGCCGUAUACCAGCGGUCAGAAGCAGGAAUUUAACAGCCAGCCAACCAAUGUAAUCACAUUUUCUGAUCCUCAGAGGAAUCAUUUUCAGCAAUUUGGUAUGUCACAAGGUCCCAGUUGUCAAGCUUUGGAAUCAUAUAAAGUGACGUAUAAACCGUAUCAGUCUUCCGCCCAGAAUAAUGGCUCACCAGCCCAGGACAUUGCGGGAAGUGACACAUUUGAAGGCCUGCAACAGCAAUUUUUAGGAGCUAAUGAAAACUCUGUAGAAAAUAUGCAGAUUAUUCAACUACAGGUUCUUAACAAAGCAAAGGAGAGACAACUAGACAAUUUAGUUGAAAAGUUAAAUGAAAGCGAACGUCAAAUUAGAUAUCUGAAUCACCAGCUUCUGAUAAUCAAAGAUGAAAAGGAUGGUUUGGCCCUCAGCCUUCGAGAAUCACAGAAACUCUUUCAGAAUGGAAAAGAAAGAGAAAUUCAGCUUGAAGCACAAAUAAAAGCACUGGAGACCCAAAUACAAGCAUUAAAAGUCAACGAAGAACAGAUGAUUAAGAAGUCCAGAACAACUGAAAUGGCUCUGGACAGCCUGAAGCAGCAGCUGCUGGACCUGCGUCAUUCGGAAUCACUUCAGCGUGCGAGGGAGCAGCACGAGAGCAUUGUUACGGGCCUCACAAAGAAGUAUGAAGAGCAAGUGCUAUCCUUGCAAAGGAAAUUGGAUGCUACAGUUGCUGCAUUUAAAGAACAGGAAGAUAUUUGCUGUCAUUUGAAAGAUCAGGUUAAACAACUGGAAAGGAAUCAAGAAGCAACCAAAUUAGAAAAGACUGAGAUCAUUAACAGAUUGACGAGAAGCCUGGAGGAGAGCCAGAAGCAGUGUGCCAACUUGUUGCACUCAGGCUCAGUACAGGAGGUGGCUCAGCUCCAGCUCCAGAUGCAGCAAGCACAAAAGGCACAUGCUAUGAGUGAAAACAUGAACAAGGCUUUGCAAGAGGAAAUAAAAGAACUAAAAGAUGAAAUUUCUCUCUAUGAAUCUGCUGCAAAACUAGGAAUAUUUCCAAGUGACUCAGAAGGAGAAUUAAAUAUAGAACUCACUGAAUCGUAUGUGGAUUUGGGUAUUAAGAAAGUCAACCGGAAAAAAUCCAAAGUUAAGAGCAUUGUACAGCAGGAAGACCCAGCUGAAGAGCUUUCCAAAGAUGAGGUCAUUCUGAAGCUGAAAGCAGAGGUGCAGCGUUUGCUGGGUAGCAACUCCGUGAAGCGUCAUCUGGUGUCUCAGUUACAAAACGAUCUCAAAGACAGUCAUAAGAAAAUCGAAGAUCUCCAAGUGGAGAAGGAUGAAAAAAGCAUCGAGGUAGAAACUAAAACAGAUACCUCAGAAAAACCAACUAAUCAAGUAUGGCCUGACUCUUCCGGUAUGAUUGUCAAAGACGAUAUUCUGCGACUUAAAAGUGAAAUUCAAGUUUUACAGCAACAAAAUCAGGAGCUUAAAGAAACUGAAGAAAAACUGAGAAAUACGAAUCAAGACUUAUGCAAUCAAAUGAGACAAAUGGUACAAGAUUUUGACUCUGAUAAACAAGAAGCUGUGGAUAGGUGUGAGAGGACUUACCAGCAACAUCAUGAAGCCAUGAAAGCCCAAAUACGUGAAAGCCUGUUAGUAAAGCAUGCUUUGGAGAAGCGGCAGCUCUUUGAGGUUUAUGAGGGAGCUCGCUUGCAACUUAGGUCUGACUUAGAUAAGGUGAAUAAGGAGAUGGCGGCCGUGCAGGAAUGUUACCUGGAAGUGUGCAGAGAGAAAGAUAAUCUAGAAGCAACUCUCAGGAAGACCAUGGAAAAGGAGCAACAGGCUGAAGAGAAGAAGAUCAAACAAGAACUUAUUCAGCAGCUUGAAAAGGAGUGGCAGUCUAAGCUGAAUCAAAUUAUAAAGGCAACGAAAAAGAAGACCUCAGAUUGUUGCAGCCAAACUGACCAAGAAACUGCCAUUGACGUUAUUGCCAAGAAAGAGAUGGCAAUCACGGUAGAAGAGCAGAAGCGAAAAAUCCAGCAAAAUUUAGAGCAAGAGAAGGAAAUAGCCAUCAAGGGGGGCUUGAAGAAACUUGAGGUUGAAUCGGAACUCAAAUACUGUGAAAAUAUUGCCAAACAGGUAGAAACAGCUGUGCAAAAUGCUCGUCAUCGGUGGCUGGAAGAACUGCCCGAGCUUGCAGAGUAUAAAGCACUUCUAAAGGCAGAACAGAAGAAGUGGGAGGAGCUACAAGAGCAGUCUGUGGCCACACGGAUAUUGUUUGCUGUUUCUGAAGCUAAAGAGAAAUGGAAAAGCGAGAUUGCAAAUAUGGAGAAAAAUGUCGUACCUGGAAAGCAAUUGGAAGAGAAGAUUCAUUCUCUGCAGAGAGAGCUUGAGUUAAAGAAUGAGGAAGUCCCCAUGGUUGUCAGGGCUGAGCUGGCAAAGGCCCGGAGUGAAUGGAACAAAGAAAAGCAAGAAGAAAUCCACAGAAUUCAAGAACAAAAUGAGCAAGAUUACCGGCAAUUUUUAGAUGAUCAUCGAAAUAAAAUUAAUGAGGUGCUUGCAGCAGCUAAAGAAGACUUUACGAAACAAAAAACUGAACUACUUCUUCAAAAGGAGACAGAAUUACAAACGUGUUUAGACCACAGUCGCAGAGAAUGGACUGUGCAGGAAGCUAGGCGGAUCCAACUGGAAAUCCAUCAGUAUGAGGAAGACAUCCUAACUGUCCUUGAGUUUCUCUUAAAGGACACCCAGAAGGAGCAAGCCAGUGGUUCAGAGAACAAGUACCUUUUGGAACUCAUGUCGACUUGUUCUUCGAAAUGGGUGUCUGUGCAAUAUUUUGAAAAACUAAAGACCUGCAUACAGAAAGCAUUUCAAGAUACACUCUCCCUACUUAUAGAAACUGUCAACUCAGACUGGGUAAAGAGAAAUAUGACCAAGAUCUCUAAGGAUCCUGCCACAAGGGUCACUGGCAGAGGAGACCCUAGGGUCCUGGCGCUCCUUCCUGCACCUACAUCUGGACACCACACUCAGCCCUUGGCCGUGCAAGAAGCAGAAGCUGAUAAGAAAAAGAUCCUUGAAAUUAAAGAUUCAUGCAGUGGACACUGCUUCCAAGAACUUGAAAAGGCAAAGCAGGAAUGUCAAGAUCUGAAAAGAAAACUGGAGAAAUGCUAUAGGCAUCUUCAGCAUUUAGAAAGGAAGCACAAAGCUGUAGUGGAAAAAAUCGGAGAAGAGAAUAGUAAAGUUGUUGAAGAAUUAUUAGAAGAAAACAAUGACAUGAAGAAUAAAUUGGAAGAACUGAGAACACUUCGUAAAACACUACCACCAAGGUCACUGUCAGAAGGGGCCAUUGAACAUUCUUGCCUGCCAUGCAGUGGGGUGGCCUUGGAAGAACUCCGUGGACAGUAUAUUAAAGCUGUAAAAAAAAUUAAGCGUGAUAUGCUUCGUUAUAUUCAGGAGAGUAAGGAAAGAGCUGCGGAAAUGCUAAAAGCAGAGGUAUUGCGAGAACGUCAAGAAACCUCCCGAAAGAUGCGCAAAUAUUAUUUGAUUUGCCUCCAACAGAUUUUGCAGGAUGAUGGAAAAGAGGAAGGGGCUGAGAAAAAGAUUAUGAAUGCUGCUAGCAAACUUGUUAUGAUGGCAAAAUUGCUGGAAACACCUAUUUCUAAUAGAUCCCAGAGCAAAACUACACAGUCAGUAUUGCCUCUGACUUCAGAGAUGCUGACUGGAGUUGAAAAAUCAAAAAGAAAUGAUGUGAAUCAGAAUAUAUCGUGUCACAGUGAAAGCAAAUCAAACAGUAUAAAAACUAUCCCCAGAAGUAUGUGUGACCAAGUUCCUAAGAGGAGGGCUGCCUGUAACUUACAAAGGCGAUUAGAGGACGCAGAGCACGGGGGCAGAAAGCAUGAGGGUUUCAAAGAGUCACAUCCAGACUUUCAGUUCGGGGAUAACAGUCACAAACAUCUAGAAAUUUUGCCAAGGAAUGUUUCUCCUGAGUUUGUUCCUUGCAAAGGUGAAAGAGGCUUUGGUUUGCACAAGAAGAUAGACCUCCUCGGUGAUACUGGCUCUGAAUCACUCCAGCACUCAACUGCACACCCCUUUCUCAGAUCCUUCGGAAAUAAACCCUCACCUAGAUAUACCCCUAGUCUUUCUGAAUCCGAGUCCACGCAUAUAACUUUUCGAAGUCCUAAUGAAAGACUUGGUUUAAAAGUAUACAAGGGUAAUCCACUAAUGGCAAGUGAAAAUGCUGCAUCUGAGAAAAGUCAAAGUUUGGGUGUUAAGGAAACUCCAGUAAAGGAUGGAGGGGACCUCAGUGACUCUGCAGGCUGGCAUUCCAACAGUGCCGCUCUACCCUGCAACAGUCAUGAAGUGUCAUUUUUGCACGAUAGGCCACAAGAAACUCUGGAUAUGCUCGACGAAUCUGUAAAUUUCAAACAGUUUUCAGCAGCAAGUUUUCCUUUAGAUUCAGAGAAAAACAGUAUGAUUCAUCAACCUAUGAAAUGUCAGAGUGGUCAUACUCCAGACCUGUCAGAAGAAACCACGUAUUGCCCACCAGGGAAGAUCAGCAUGACUCUUGGAAACCCACCUCAUCAUAAGGCUGAUAUAUUAAAGUCAGAUUUCAAAAAACUGACCAGUACAGUACCAUCUGCAGUGUGUCCACAGCCUGCAAGAAAAUUAAUUGCUCCUCUGUCUAACCAACAAGAUAGUGGCUUUGAUAGCCCAUUUGUCAAUCUAGACUAA